UUUUCUUUCAAACAAAUCAGAAAAGGACAAAAGUCCAGAAGUACCGGACUCCACUGCAAGUUGCAACUUUUGACGUUUUGAUUUUGUUGUAUAGAACAACAUGGUGUUACUCGCUCACUGAGUUGAGUUCACUGGUUACACAAUGUCGAAGAGAGAAGAAUUUGCUCUGUGGCACUUCUUUUUUCUUCUUCUUCUUCUAUGGGGGUUUGUCGGCGGCGACGCGCCGGGGAGGGAGGUGUGGUGCGUGGCGAAGAACAACGCGGAGGACACGGCGCUGCAAUCGGCGGUGGAGUGGGCUUGCGGCGCAGGCGGAGCCGAUUGCGGAGCGAUUCAGGGAGGAGGACCCUGCUUCGACCCUUCCAGUAUGCAGAAUACGGCGUCGUAUGCUUUCAAUGAUUAUUUCCGCAAACACGCUAUCUCUGAAGAGAAUUGCAACUUCGGCAACAACGCCGCCAUUACCUCCUUCAACCCCAGUUUUGGUAAUUGUAAGCUCCCUUCUAGUUUGUUAGUGAACAAUGGGAGUUUCUCGGGAUCGGUGUCUUCUAUGGGAUUGAUGCCCGGGGAAGAAACGAGUGGGUGCGGUGGAGUUGUUUGGAGGUGGUGGCUUGCGCCAUUUAUUGUCACUACACAUUUUUUGUUUAUGCCAGUUUCAAUUUCACGGAUUGUUUAAGGAUAAUUAUAUUUGUGAAAUAGUACCAAUCUGUCUGUGAUUCUGUACUAUAAUCUAUUGUUAUGCUCAGCUGCUUCCAAAUUUGUAGUUUUGCUAGCAAAGUAUUGAUUAAAAUCACCACUUUGAAGGAGAUUGUACCUCAUUUAAAAUUGAAUUUGAGUAAAUGGAAGGUUGUGAUGUUCUCAUCUAAAA